GUACCUCGGCGACACAGGAGCUUCUACCGCGCGGCGCUGUUCGGGCUGCUGGAGCACGUGCUGGCGGCGCCAGACCCGCAGCUGGCGGAGCGUCACCUGAAGUGCCUGCGAUCCCCUUAUGCGCGUGAUUGCGCUCAUGCUGCUUUAUACACCCCGCCCCUGCCCGUUCCUACACAGGCUGGACUUGGUGGUGUCGCGGCACCUGGCGCGACUGGACGAGCCGCAGUUCCAGCAGCAACCCCCGCCCACCAGCCCGGCCGCAAACGACGGCCGUGGCGCCGGCAUGAGCCCGCUGAGGCUGACGCCAGCGCGUGGCGACCCGGCCUUUGCCCCCAUGCAUGCUUCGCCGGGCCAGCCUGCUGCGGCUGCGGCUGCGGCCGGCGCGCAGGUGCCCCCACGGGACGACCCUGCGGCCUACCGCGGCGGCCAGCGGCUGCUACGCCUUUUGCGCACCGCCUGGUUCAAGUGCCCCGACGCGCCGCGGCCGUCCGACGUGUCCAGCCUGGAGCGCCUCUUUAACAGCGUCGAGCAGAGCGGUGAGGUGAUCCGCUUCGCACGCAGCCUGACGGCGCGGGAGCUGAUGGCGGCGGAGGAGUUCUACACUCCCUUCAUUCCCGGCUGCGGAGGGGACUACACGGGCCUGACUCUGCGCCAGAUCUGUGAGCGGCACGUGCUGCCCAUGGGCGUGGAGGUUGAGCAGCUGCAGAUCAUCGCGGCCUGCACGGCGCUGGGUGUGACGCUGGCGGUGCUGGACGUGGCGGGCAGUGCGGUGGGAGCCAUCAAGCACGGCCCCGCGGCGCAGCAGCAUGGCCCGCCGGUGGCCUGGGUGGCGCACCUGCCCGGCCAUUACGACGUUAUCUACCCCGCACGGCCGUUGGACGUGGCGCCGGGGGGGCAACUAGUGGCGGCAAUUAUAUAAAGCGAGGCGAGUAUGUAACUGUGCCUCGCGUGGAUAACGUCAGUAUGGUGCGAAGUGGUAUGAGGGCCCAGGUGUAAGGGUGCUCUCGC